CCAACAAUCCAAUUCUGUCGAUAUCGACCAUGGAUGGAGUGAAACAGAAGAUUACCAAACCUGCAGGCCAUCAUCAAUGUUGUUCCGCUUACCUGUUUGGAGAAUGCUAAAUAAGCUUCAUCGAUUGAGUUAUUGGCUCCCCCAUGACCAAUGACCUCAUCACCACACCGUCAAGUCGUUCCACGGCAAUCGUGUUGUGUAUGAGACCGUGUCACCUAUCUUCUCACCAUGACAUCACCGCUGCUCAUCAGGAUCACCAUGUCGACCAUCUUUUAUCCUCCAUCCUAGGCCCAACCACUGUCCAUCGUCAUAACCAUCGCAUCCCAUCGACAUGUCGUCUCUCUGGCCGAAGAAUCGCUCCCCAUCGCGUGGGGGCAGUCGCAAUAACAAUGGGAGUAGAAAUGGAAACGACGGUAGUAAUGAUCAAGAGUCUGGACGACCGUCCGUGUCUCGCGACCCCGACGAGCGCACUCGAUUGUUACCGCAUGGUCAACCUGGCUAUCUAAGCCCGGACGAUCCAGCCGUCUCGCCAUACAACCUCUGGUCCAUCCGCGCCCUGCGCAGCAUCACCGUCAUCCUCUUCGCCGUGACCUUCAUCUGGUGGACAUUCCUCCUCGUCUCGCUCUUCGUAACACCACCAGGCAUGCACACGCGCGGAUCAGGCUUCUUCGCCUUCGGCUUCACGACGCUCACGCUUGCGGGCCUCUCUAUGAACCUCCUCCUCUUCGCUAUCCCCUCCCUCCCAAUGACAAUCUGGGGCUCCGUCCUCGCAGUCCUGCUAACAAUCGACUGGAUCAUCAUCCUGUCCGUGCCGCGCCUCCGCGUCGAAGAAGGCUGGGUCGGCAUCGCCUCCGCAAUCUGGGCAAUGGUGCUCGCUCUCUUCUACGUCCUGCGCACCCGCUCUGUCGCCUGGGGCAAGCGCGAGGAGGAAGAGCGUCUAACGGGCCGCGAGGAGACCCGCCGUCCGCUCCGCGAAUGGGUCGCCGUCUUCGGCGAGACCGUCACCAUGGCUGUCCUCGUUCUCGUCGCGCUCUUUAUCACCGCGACUCUCAUCCUGCGUGCCCGUGACGUCUCCCUCGCGCCGCCUGGAAAACGCUACUACGUUAACGGAGACACCUACCAGGUGCACCUCGCCUGCGUUGGCCCUCCCCCGCCUUCCACUUCCGCCACCAACGAAACCCUCCCCACCGUCCUCCUCGAAGCAGGCGAAGGCCCCGUCGAAGACUCCCUGCAGCCCUUCCUAGACGACAUGCGCCAAGCAGGCCACAUCGCCCGCUACUGCUACUGGGACCGACCAGGCCUAGGAUGGUCCGAGAACGCCCCCUCACCCUACAGCGCCGGCAUGGCAGCCGACGCGCUCUCCGAAGCGCUCGCGCUAGCAUCCAACACCGACAAGGACGCCGACCCCCGCGCCGAGGGACCCUGGGUGCUCGUCUCCGCCGGAGUCGGCAGCAUCUACAGCCGCAUCUUCGCCAGCCGGCACCUCCUCCAGGUCCAGGGUCUACUUCUGAUCGACCCGCUCCACGAGCAGUACCUCCAUAGUCGGAUCGGGGCCCCAGGCCGUGGCUUCCUCCUCUGGCUAAGGGGCAUCCUAUCCCCGCUGGGCGUAGACAGACUAGCGGGGGCGAUCUUCAAGGGCCGCACGCGCGAAGACCGCGUCUUCGGUCGCUCCGCGUACCAGGGUGGUAGGGCGAUUCGCGCCAAACUGCAGGAGAACCUCGUGGCGCGGUCGCUGACGGCGUCGGAGAUUCAGACGGCGAGGCAUGUCCAGAUGGCGGAUACGCCGCUUGUGGUUGUCAGCUCGGGUGUUGAGGUCGAUCGGAGUGAGCGCUGGGGCAAGGCGCAGGAGGAGUUGACGCGGGUGACGAGCAAUUUGAAGCAUUGGGAUACGGUUGAUGGGGCGCCGCAUGAGGUGUGGAGGGACGUGAAGGGACGGCAGGUUUUGGGGGAGAGGUUGCGCGCGUUGGUGAGGGGUGGGGGGGAGGAUGAUUAAUUGGUUAUCUAGUCAGUUGAUUAUGUCGACGAGAGGUGAGAACAUAUGUAGUGGAUUGUUUUGCUGGAAGGUCGAGGUGAUAAGUUUGUAUAUUUGCCUUCCUUAUGCCUUGAUUUGUGAAAGGCCAGAUUGAGAUACGCGAGGAUUCGAACUGAACAUGUUGUUUGUAUAUUACCCAAUGAAGAGUAUAUGCUUUGCCA